UACGCCAUUUUGAUGUUGCCAAGUGAUGGAGACACAGCAGUGGUAUCAUAUUUUUGUAUCACUUACACCAAGGGAAAGCGACGGAGAGGUAGUGAGGCUACGAUCGACAGACAUCCUCCACUACUCAUCGGACAGCUUUGGACUACGCACUGGCUUCAUCUGAAAACGUCACAAAAGUGGCGAGGAGGUGUUUGAAUUGGCUAGCUAGCUAGUUAGCUAGCAACCAUUCUGUUUUCUUAAAAAAAGUAUUGUUUACCCUGACUACGAUAUAUUUGUCUAAAUCGCCAACCAAUCUGUUGGAGGCGGCGGCGCGAAUAGGCUUCCUCGUCAACUUUUUUUUGAAGUGAAGAAGAAAACGUCCUGGUCAAGUAUGUUAAAAAACGAACAUACCACAGUGCCUAAAUGUCAAAUCUGGAUAAGAGCAAAUGCGCGCAACUAACACCAGCUUCGCCGCCCGUAAACCUACACACUGACAGAGAUCUCCGGGUUUUCACCAAGCAUGCACUCUCAAAUAGUAAGAAUGGAAUAGGGACUGCGACUUGCAGUGUACUGACUGCUCCGUUACCCGAAGAACGUCAAAACGCCGAGUUCUGUAACCUAAUCAGUUCUCCGAAUGAAGAAUUGCCUGGGUGCAGGAGAGGUGACGACUCAUUGCUGGCAUACAUUUCACAGGACUGCAUCAGACUACGCAUUGGACAAGAGGAGGUUUAUGCCUUCACUGAGGUAGAUUUCCUGAGGAUCUACCAACGAUUUGGAGAGGAUCAUAAAGAGUACUUUAAGUCAGGGAUUGAAAUCGGCCACCUGCCCCUAAAACAAGAUGAGGAAGCUCAGUUGGAGGAUAUCACCUUCCACUCACUGCCAUGCAAAGGCAUAUGUAAUCCCUCACAUAUGAACAGACUUCCAGAGCAGCCUGCAAUAAUGAUUUUUGGAAUAAUUCCCCAGGAGUUACACGAACAGCUCCUGGACCUCAAGAACUACCAGAACAGGACAAAUGGGGUGGAGGAACUGAAAAACAUCCUUUUCGAUUUGGACUUGCAGUCAGUGCCCUCAGAAAACAUUGUGGAGUUCAUCAGCUUCCUACGCACGCUGCUGGAUGACAGCAACUUCAAGGUCCUCUAUGGCACUUUGCAGGUGAUAAACCUCCUUAUUGAGAAACUGGAUAGCAAUGUGGAAAAAUACCUAAAGCAGAUAGUAAGCACAGUGAUCAAAACCCUGGGGGACACGCACGCCAUCACGAGGAACGAAUACAUGAGCGUAUUCAGGCAGGUGAUGAGGAUCGUGGGGCCACAAGAAGUGCUGGACCUUGUGAUGGAGCACCUGAAGCACAAGAACUCCAGGGUGCGAGAGGAUGUCAUCAACAUAAUCACCGCAGCCAUGCUCACACACCCCAGGAAGGACUUCGACAUCCCCAGUCUCUGCUUUGAGGUGGCGCCUUACCUGGCCGACAGGAAGAAGAGGGUCCGCCAUGCUGCCCUGGAGCUCUUCGCCCUGUUCGACUACUGCCUGGACACGGGCAAGAAGCAGCCCCUGAUGAGGGCGGUGGACCGGGUGGAGCUGAGCGGGGACGUGGAGGGACUGAUGGCAGCCGUGCAGGCCCGCAGGGCCAGGCACAUCCUUCCCCGGCUGUCCUCGGAGGGGAUGGUGGAGUAUGCUCUGGUCGUCCCAAAACCAGGCCAGCGGCCCCCAUCUCAGUUUGGCUCCGGGGCUGACCUGGAAUGGAUACAGUCCGGAAGCCGUGUCGACAGUGGCCGGAGCCACCGCACCGAGCUGCACUCCGACCGGCUCUACGGCUACGGCAGCCUGGGUUCGCUCACCGAUAACAUCCCUCUGCACCGGAGGAUCCUCAGCGCUGGGAAGAACAAGCUGCCGUGGGAGAGGUCGAGGCUUCCCGCCACAGGGAAGCCCCUGCCAGCUAGGCCUGCCAACAGCAUAUCCUGUGAACAGAUCUCCAGCGAGGACUCCCUGUCCCCUCCCUCAGAGCUGAGUCGAGAGGCGUACGUUUCCGGAUUCGGGUUUUUGGAUUCCCACCAGCCCCGGAUUUUGGGGAGGAAGGAUUCACAUACACAGGGAGUGUCAAGAAAAAGCUGCAGCGUUGAAACGGACCUCCAAGACCUUGAGUCUGUGAACCAUUCAGACAGCAGCCGAGGGGUGCCGAAAGCAGGCCGCCCCCUCUGUCGACCGACAAGCGUGGAGCGCGCCCUCUCCCUUCCCUCCAACACUACGCCCCCGGGCAACUUCCUCCUGCCCUCCUACCCACUGGCCAAGUUGCCCAGCAGCCCUCUGACCCCCAGGCUGUCCCACCGCCACACGGACUCCACGUUGUCCUUGUCCAGCACCUGGCCCAACAAGAGAGAAAGCAGCCCCCACCGCAGGGACCCCAGCCCCUGGAGGGACACAGAAGGUGACAUGGCCAGUGAUCGGCGCUCCCCUCUCCCCCUGCGGGCCUCGCUUGUGCGCUCGUCCUCCACCUCCUCGUGCCGCCACUCUCUGAGUGGCUCAAGGCCCGUCCCUCCCAUCCCCCAGGGACCCCAUGACCCGCAGGAGGGUCACUGGCAGCACGGGGAUGGCCACGCACCCAGCCCGCCUGCUGCCCCACCUGCUGCCCCGCCUGACCAGCCGUCCCACAGGAAGAUUCACCUGGACCUCUCUCAGCUCAGCCCGCUGGAGCAGGAGGAAGAGCCUGUGGACCACGAGGAGAUGAUGAACUCCCUGCGGUCCCUGCGCAACAGUGCAGCUAAGAAGCGGGCCAAGGUGAGCCUGAGUGACCCCGACAGCCCGGACUCGGCGGUGAAGCUGGAGCUGGGGCUGGACUCUCCGUCACACACCUCCCCCUCUGUCACCAGCCCUCUGAGCGAGAGUGGCCUCUCUAGUCUGAAUUCGCCACCCAACUCCACCCUCAACGGCACCAAGGCCAGUACUGGUAACUCCACCUCUUCGGCCACAAAGCCACGGGCCAGCAGGGUCUCCUCUGGCAAGAUGAAGGCCUCUGCCUCUAUGGAUUGCAGCCCUCUUCCAGGCCCAACGUUCGGAGAUAAGGUCACCCCGGAUGUGAGCGUGGUUGGCCAGCGGGUCACCUACUCCAACGGACCAAUCGAGGCUGAGGAGGAGAGGCUGAGAGAGGCAUCCCCACCCCCUGCCAGAACUUCAGGUCGAGAGCCAGUCAGAGCGCUGAGACCAGCUAGAGGAUCUCAGGUCAACAGCAGCAGGAUUUCACCGGCCAGUGGCAUGUCGGAAGGUGUUAUCGGCAAAGGUGUUUUUGGAUCCUCCAUACCCCUGUCCAGCUCUCCAGUGGUGGCUGUGCCACACGAGCAGAAUGACACCACCUGCAGGACAUCCAGUGAGCUUCCAGAGGGCGUGUAUGGCCACGCGGUGUCUGCCAGCCACCAUGAGACCAAUGACAGCCCCGACACCGAGGAGCCAGUGGAGAAGGUGAAGCUGUCUAAGUCUGCCAGGGAUAAGAUGAGGCAGCGGCGUCUGGAGCAGCAGGAGAUGCUCCAUGAGCAGGAAGAGCGGCAGCAGGUGGAGAGGGCCCGUGAGGGCCUGUGCCAGACCAGCUCCCAAUCCAGCAUCGACGAGGUGGAUGGGCUCAAAGAUUGGCAGCUGAAUGGGAGUGAGGUGGUGAUGGCCCAGCCUGAGGGUCUCCCAGAGGACUUGCCCAUCAGAUCUACUAGCCCCCAGGCUCCAAUGAGUCCACUCAAGUCUUUCAGCCCCCACCACCAGCCCAGCCCCCCUACCAUACCCCCCCAGUCCAAAAACUCGCUGCGCCGUGUGAGGAGAGCCCCCAGCCUCAACAAGACCCGCCCGUCUCUCUCCAACAGCUCAGAUGAGCUGUCCCUUGGUCCCACUGGCCAGAAAAAGGAUGUCCAGGAACAGCCUGAGUUGCGACCAUUCUCCAAUCCUGAGCUGGCUCUGACCCAGAGUUUCGUGCUACUGAGCUCCAGUGACUGGGAGAAGAAGAUAGAGGGGAUGACCUUUUUCCGCAGUCUGGCACAGUACCACUCAGACGUGCUCCUCACUAGACUGCCGGACGUCUGCCGUGCGCUUAUCCUGGAGGUCAUGAACCUUCGCUCUGGUGUGUCACGAGUGGCGGUGGUUACCUUGGGAACCCUGUUCACCCUCCUACAGCGGGGGAUGGAUCAGGAGCUGGAGGGAACCGCCACGGCGCUGCUGCACAAAGCGGGCGUGUCCAACGCCUUCAUCCGGCAGGACGUGGACGCCGCCCUUGAUGGCAUGGUGCAGAGCUGCACGCCCAGCCGCGUCAUGAACGCCCUGCUCGCGGGGGGCCUCAGACACCUGAAUCCAAUGGUGAGGAAGUGCACAGCACAGCACCUUGCCGACCUGGUGGAAAAGAUUGGCGCUGGCCGUCUGCUGUCCGGCACCGCGGACCUCACCGACCGUAUCCUGCCUGCCAUUGCCCGGCUGGCACAGGAUUCCUCCCAGGAACCCAGGUACUUUGGGCGUCAGAUGCUGUUGUUUUUGGCAUCCCACCAGGAUUUUGACAAAAUGGUCAAGAAAUACAUUCCAGCCAAAGACCUGCCAGCCCUCAGAGACUUAGUCUUCACCCUCAAGACUAAGGGACUGGGCGAAAUGCCUCAAGACGUUCCCUCGGCGAGGGGCAGACGCUCUCUUCCUGGUAGCGGGACGGUCCGAGCCUCAUCUCUCCCCCGCGAGCCCCUCAGCCUUAUUAACAGGGAGUCUGGCGAGUACAGCUGCAGGGCUCAGGCACACAGAAUUGCAGAGAGGACAGAGUACAUCAAGCAGCUAAAGGUGCUGAUGGGGUCGAAGGACUUCCGGGAGCGCAUCAAAGCCAUCGACCAGCUGGUUGCUGAUUGUGAGCACAACCACGACAUGGUUGUUGCCUGCAUUUUUCCAGUUUUUGACGCCAUGAAGGCCAGGCUCCAGGAGUCCAAUAGCAAAGUCAACCUGCAUGCGCUGGAGGCCCUGCAGAACAUCAUCCCGCCGCUGAGGGAUAACCUGGCCCAGGUGGUUAACAUCCUGGUCCCAGCCAUAGUGGACAAUCACCUCAACUCAAAGAACAAUGCCAUCUAUACUGCUGCUGUUGGUGCUGUAGAUGCCCUCAUUCAAAACCUAGAUAAUGCUCUGCUGCUCCAGCUGUUUGUCACCAAGGCUCAACUUCUCAGUGGCAGGGCCAAGGUGAACCUUGUUGAUAAGGUUGCAGAUCUGGUGACGGAGCUGUACCCUCACAAGCCACAGGCUGUAGAGCAGAAAGUGCUGCCCCUGCUGUGGCACCUGCUGAGCACCUCCACCAACAGCGGCACAAUUCAGGGCAGGGGCGGCAGUGUGCGGGGGGCCACGGCCACCCUGUGCCAGGCCCUCCACGCCCAGAUGGGGCCCAGGCUGGCGGAGUGUGCCACCACCCAGUCACUCAGCGUCACCAAGAGUCUCAACCAACUGCUGAAGACCUCUCCGCCCCCUGUGGCACCCUUACAAAGACAAUAGAGAUCCCAAAACACUUAAAAGGAAAAACACUGAUCUUACUUGAAGAUGGAGAAGUGCUUCAUUUCUCAUAGUGCCUGCACUUUUUUGUUAUUGCCUGUAUGGUGAUUAAACAACCUCCUCUAGUGGGAUGAUUCAUUCCCCUGGAGUCAAUAACUUUAUCAGUAAGAUGUCCUUCAGUAAUUGAAUACAGACUCUGUGCCCUCAAUGACCUGCUCUUUUUGCACUUUCAAAAGUGGUACAUUACCUUGAUGAUUGUUGUCAUGAUUGCUGUUGUUAAGAUAUCGUAAAAUGACUGUCUGCGUUGUUCUUGUUUGUGGAUUCUACAAACAUGAAUUUACCAGAAAAGGUACCACGGAAUGUACCAUUUAAAUGCACAAAACAAGGAGAGAAGGGAUGUAUAUUUUUUCUAUGUUUUCUUUUCCAUGGUACUGUAUGUAAUGUGAUAUAUCCAUGAUGUGUCUUACUCAUUUUUCCACAAGUGUCUAAAUUUGUGAUGAGAACAGCUUACUAUUGUAAUAGUUAAAAUUUGUAUUUGCACAGUAUUAGCUUAAUCCUUAUGCAGUCAUGUUGCAGUAUAUCUUCUAUCUUUGCUUUUUAUUUUAAGAAUUCAUAUAUAUGAAGAGGUAU